AUGUACCAGAUUUCAACCAGAACUUCCACCAGAGAGACUGAUUAUACUAUGGAACAAAAGUGCCAAAGAUUGGAGGAGAUCUAUAGACAGGAAGGUGCAGAUGGGGUUGAAAGAGCAGAGGUCCAUCAUCUCAUGGAGACUACAUUCUGUCUACUGCGUCGCCAUAUAAAUGCGAUUCCGGCUCCUUCCAUUGGAGGCAUAAGAAGCAAAUGGCCUUAUCUCUUCAAUCAGAGAUACAUGUAUGCUCAUUUUGAGCUUCUCACAGAUCUUAAUGUGCUGCGUCUCCUGGAGCUUGCCAUGGAGGAAUCUGGGAAAGUGAUCACAGAAUAUUUCCGCAACAAACCUACCAACAAAGAUGUCCAGACUGUCCUCUCCCAGGGGGAGGACACUGAGGUGGCACUUCAUGUGGUCCAGUUGCUGAUGGCCCACUUCACAGAGACCACAGAUGGGCUCAUCCUUCUUGCAGAUUUGUCUGCCACAGUGGCUGAUGUUGAGAGGACCCUCACGCUACCACCAACUCCUUGUCUAAUACUGCUCAGUGGAACAGAGCAUGUGACUGCAGGACGCUGGAUGAUCUGCCUUGAGGGUGAGGUCCUAUGUGAGGGCAUCCAACCAACAUUUGUGACGGGGCUUGCUGCUCUGUUUUCAGUGUACUACAUAUUUAAUCUGCAGUAA